AGAUCUGAAAAAAUGGAGGCGCGGUAAUGUGUGCCCUCAACCCCAGCACCCCUCUGGGCGAAGAAGAAGACCGACAACAACCUCACGACGCCGUCCGAUCACCGCCGUAGGCCCUGGCGCCCACCGCCCACCUAUCGUGAACCCUAACAACAUCAUACCUCGUCCUCGAGAUCACGCCAAUUCACACACAUUUAUCCGUUUACUGUCCGGAUCAAUGAGAAUUUAGGGGGCGAAUUUGGAGAAUAUCAACGGAUCGGAAUUGAAGCCCCUUCGCGCGAUGGAGUCGUUGAUGGAGCUCUGUGAUCUAAUCGCUCAAAACCCGGCUCAAUUCCCCGAGAAAAUCGCGUGGAUUUGCAGCCGCUGCCCGCCGGCGGAGUCGCUGCUGGUUGGAUCGCCCGUGGUCUCGAGAUCGCAGCUCCACGCUGUACUCGCGGUCGCGCGCUUCCUCUCGAAGUGCCCGAGUUCCGAUCAGGAGGCCCCCAAGUCGCUGAUCCUCGCGUUCUACCGGUCGAUUCCUUCAUCCUUCGACGUCAAAUUCUGGCCGCAGGCGUUUCCGGUGGAGGCGAUUUCUUCGUUCUAUAACGAUUUCCUCAGUUACAUCUCGAAAGCGGCCGAGCUGUCGCCGGAGUUUGCAGCGGAUGUGGCGGGCUUCACCGGAGAAGUUGUGAUGCAGACUAUAAGCAAUGCCGGGUCUGGCGUUUGUCGGGUUUUUUUGAACGCUUUGUGCUCGAAUUUCCCUCCAAUUCUGCCUCCCGAUGCGAACAAGUUGAUUGCCAUUCUUCUGGACCGGUACGAUGUCGUGGUACCAUGCUUGCCGAGGGAGUUAAUCUCGUCCACACCCGAUGCAGCUUCCUCUCAGAGCUCUCCCUUGAGUGCGAACCACUUUCAGUCUCCUAGUGCUGAGGCCAGCAUUGUCUCAGUAGACUCGUCCAGCAGCCCAGCUUCAAAGGAUGAUGCAUCGUCAUCAAGGGGGGUUUCGGUGAAUGGUGGCAGUAGCAUUGCAUGGAAAAGCAACGGGGAGUUUUUUGGUGCUGGCCUUGCUCUCAAUGAUGGCGAGGGUGGUGUUGGGGGCGGUAGCUCGGCCUAUAAGAAAAUGGUGACAUUAUUUGAGGAAGAGUCCAUUGAGAGUCUUGAGAGACAAGAAAUUGUUUUUAAACUUAUAGCUCAUAUAUUCAGUAAGGUGGUUAUCGAUCAACAGCUCAUGGAUCAGGUGAGAGGAAUAGCGAAAGAUCAACUCCAUUCGAUGCUCGCUUUCUUAAAGAUAAGGAAGCGCGAAUGGUCCGAGCAAGGACAGCUGCUGAAAGUUAGGAUCAACAAAAAACUGUCUGUUUACCAAGCUGCUGCUAGGAUGCAAAUCAAGACCCUGGCAUCUCUUGACACGGAGGGAAAGUCAUCAAAGAGGUUGUUGCAUGGAGCUCUCGCAUUGUUGAUAGAGGCUGCCGAGGCAUGCUUGUUCUGUGUGUGGCGCAAACUGAGAGCCUGUGAGGAGCUAUUUGGCUGUUUGCUUUCUGGAAUUUCACAAGCUGCCGUCACUCGUGGCGGUCAGCUCCUCAGAGUUCUGCUCAUUCGUUUUAAACCCCUUGUGCUGGCUACUUGUGCUCAGGCGGACACUUCUUCCAGCAGCCUGGGUUCCAUGUUCGAAAGUAUCUUGAAAACAUGCUGUGAGAUAAUUGAUUUUGGAUGGUCUAAGGACCGAUCUCCUGUAGACACAUUUAUCAUGGGACUCGCCACUAGUAUUCGAGAAAGAAAUGAUUAUGAGGAAGAGGAAGGGAAAGAGAAACCCGCAGCUCCACCUGUUCAGUUGAAUGUAAUACAUUUGCUAGCUGAGUUGAACAUUUUUCUUAAGAAGCCUGAAGUUGUUGAUAUGAUAUUACCACUAUUUAUUGAGAGUUUGGAAGAGGGUGAUGCUUCAACCCCAUGCUUAUUGAGACUCCGACUUCUUGAUGCUGUUUCUCGCAUGGCGAGUUUAGGUUUUGAGAAGUCUUACCGUGAAGCUGUAGUUUUGAUGACUCGUAGCUACUUGGGUAAGCUCUCUACGGUUGGCUCUGCUGAAAGUAAAACCCAAGUACCUGAAGCCACAACUGAACGCAUUGAGACCUUGCCUGCAGGAUUUGUAUUGAUUGCGAGAGGUAUUACCUGUAAUAAAUUGCGUUCAGAUUACCGUCACCGCUUGUUGUCCCUGUGCUCAGAUGUGGGCUUGGCUGCAGAAUCAAAAAGUGGAAGGAGUGGGGCAGAUUUUCUUGGACCUCUUUUACCUGCUGUGGCUGAAAUUUGUUCAGACUUUGAGCCUGGCGUAAAUGUGGAACCUUCACUCUUGAAGCUAUUCCGGAACUUGUGGUUCUAUAUUGCUCUCUUUGGGUUAGCACCUCCAAUACAGAAAACUCAGACUACGGCAAAGUCAGUUUCAACUGCCCUCAAUAGUGCUGGCAGCAUGGGUACUAUUGCUCUUCAAGCUGUAGGCGGACCAUACAUGUGGAAUUCAUUAUGGUCAUCUGCUGUUCAGCGAAUUUCUCAAGGGACCCCACCUCUUGUUGUGAGCUCUGUCAAAUGGCUUGAAGAUGAGUUGGAGCUUAAUGCUCUUCACAACCCAGGUAGUCGGCGUGGGAGUGGAAAUGAGAAAGCCGCUGUGACUCAAAGAACUGCUCUCUCUGCUGCUUUGGGAGGGCGAGUGGAGGUUUCUGCAAUGAGUACAAUUUCAGGUGUGAAAGCAACCUAUCUUUUAGCUGUAGCAUUUUUGGAGAUAAUACGAUUUAGCAGCAAUGGUGGUAUUCUUAAUGGAGGCCCAGAAUUAACUGCUUCCCGGAGUGCUUUCAGCUGUGUUUUUGAAUACCUAAGAAGUCCUAAUCUCAUGCUAGCUGUGUCCCAGUGUUUGACUGCCAUAGUCCAUCAAUCAUUUGAAACUGCAACAUCCUGGCUGGAGGAUCGGGCAUCUGAUACUGGGCCAGAGGCUGAGGUUAGAGAGUCUACUCUCUCUAUACAUGCUUGUUUCCUCAUAAAAAACUUGUCCCAGAGGGACGAGCAUGUACGAGAUAUAUCUGUUAGUUUGCUGACUCAAUUUAGAGAUAAAUUUCCUCAGAUAUUAUGGAAUUCUUCUUGUCUGGAUUCCCUGCUACUCUCAAUGCAUAAUGAUCCGCCCUCUGCUGUAGUUAGUGAUCCUGCUUAUAUUGCUAAUGUCCGCUCUUUAUAUCAAAAGAUUGUUCGGGAAUGGAUAGUUGUUUCACUCUCACAUGCUCCAUGUACUAGUCAGGGCCUUCUUCAGGAAAACCUCUGCAAAGCUAAUACAUGGCAGCGAACACAGCCUACAGCCGAUGUGGUUUCUCUUUUGUCUGAGAUAAGGAUUGGUACAGGUAAAAAUGAUUGUUGGACUGGUACUAAAACUGCAAAUAUCCCUGCAGUCAUGGCUGCAGCUGCUGCAGCGUCGGGUGGAAACCUGAAAUUGACUGAUGCAUUCAAUUUGGAGGUUCUUGGUACUGGAAUGGUCAGUGCUACUGCAAAGUGUAAUCAUGCUGGAGAAAUUGCGGGCAUGAGAAGAUUAUAUGAGAGCAUUGGUGGCCUUAGUCAAACUACCGAUGGUCUCAAUCUUAACCUUCCAGCUUUGGGGACUUCUCCCAAAUCACAACCCAUGAAUGAAUCCUUCAAUGAGAUAUUGAUUUCCAAGUUUGUAAAGCUGCUUCAGAAGUUUGUCACUACUGCAGAGAAAGGAGAGGAUGUAGACAAAUCAUCUUUUCGUGAAAUCUGUUCUCAAGCUACUGCAUUGCUUCUUUCUAAUCUGGAUUCAGAUUUAAAAUCGAACUCUGAAAGCUUUUCACAACUUCUACGUCUUCUUUGCUGGUGUCCAGCUUAUAUAUCCACAUCUGAUGCUGUUGAAACCGGUGUGUAUAUCUGGACGUGGUUGGUUUCUGCUGCUCCUCAAUUGGGAUCUCUUGUCCUUGCUGAGCUAGUAGAUGCAUGGUUAUGGACAAUAGACACAAAGCGGGGCCUUUUCGCAUCUGAUGUAAGAUGCUCUGGACCAUCUGCCAAGCUGCGGCCCCAUCUUGCUCCUGGAGAGCCUGAGCCGCAACCCGAUAAGGAUCCUGUUGAACAAAUAAUGGCUCAUAGACUAUGGAUUGGAUUUUUUAUUGAUAGAUUUGAAGUCGUUCGGCACGAUAGUGUUGAACAGCUUUUGCUCCUUGGUCGAAUGUUGCAAGGAACGACAAAACUCCCCUGGAAUUUUUCGAGGCACCCGGCUGCUACCGGAACUUUCUUCACCCUUAUGCUUUUUGGCCUGAAAUUGUGCUCAUGUCAAACACAGGGUAACCUUAAGAACUUCAGAUCAGGGCUUCAGUUGCUAGAAGAUAGAAUAUACAGGGCUUCCUUAGGAUGGUUUGCUCAUGAACCAGAGUGGUUUGAUCUUAAUAACAAUAAUUUUGCUCAAAGUGAAGCUCAGUCGGUUUCAUUAUUUGUCCAACACCUUUUAAAUGAGCGUGUAGAGACAGCACAGAUUGAUCAGAAAGCACGAGGGACUGAAAAUGGUGGCUCUUUACCUGAUGUGAAAGAUCAAUAUCAUCCAGUCUGGGGUCAGAUGGAGAAUUAUGUUGUUGGACGAGAUAAGCGGAGACAGUUGCUGCUGAUGCUGUGCCAGCAUGAGGCAGACAGACUCGAGGUUUGGGCUCAACCAGUUGGAUCGAAGGAGAACGCUACUAAGCUAAAAAUUAGUUCUGAUAAAUGGAUCGAAUUUGCACGGACUGCCUUUUCUGUUGAUCCCCGAAUUGCUCUAUCACUGGCUGCAAGAUUUCGGGCAAAUGCUUCUCUGAAGAGUGAAAUCACUCUACUAGUUCAAGAGAAGAGAUUGUUAGUUCAUGCCUUGUUUGCUGUUUUGUUGAUCGGCAUAAGCUAUAACUUACAUGAUCACUCACAUAUAUUGGAGAUCCGCAGCAUUGCUGAAGCGUUGCCUUAUUUUGUCACCCCCAAAGCAGUGGAUGAAAAUUCAACACUCUUGCAACAAUUGCCACACUGGGCACCUUGUUCAAUUACACAAGCAUUGGAAUUUCUUACUCCAGCUUAUAAAGGUCACCCACGAGUGAUGGCUUAUGUUCUCAGGGUAUUGGAGACAUAUCCACCUGAAAGAGUGACAUUCUUCAUGCCUCAGUUGGUACAAGCACUAAGAUACGACGAAGGGAGGUUGGUUGAGGGUUACUUACUUAGAGCAGCACAAAGAAGUGAUAUUUUUGCCCAUAUAUUGAUAUGGCAUUUGCAGGGUGAGACUUGUGUUCCUGAGUUGGAGAAAGACGCCCCAUCUGCCACGAGUAGUGCGUUUCAAGCACUACUGCCGGUUGUCAGACAACGUAUUAUUGAUGGUUUCAGUUCUAAAGCACUUGAUAUUUUCCAAAGAGAAUUUGAUUUCUUUGACAAAGUCACAUCCAUAUCUGGUGUUCUAUUUCCACUUCCAAAGGAGGAAAGACGAGCUGGCAUUAGAAGGGAGUUGGAGAAAAUUGAAAUGGAUGGAGAUGACCUAUAUCUACCUACUGCUCCUACAAAACUUGUCAGGGGUAUUCAGGUUGAUAGUGGAAUUCCUCUACAAUCAGCAGCAAAAGUUCCUAUAAUGAUCACAUUCAAUGUGGUGGACCGGGAUGGGGAUCCAAAAGAUAUAAAACCCCAAGCUUGUAUAUUCAAGGUUGGAGAUGACUGCAGACAAGAUGUUUUAGCUCUACAAGUUAUUUCACUUUUAAAGGACAUCUUUGAAGCCGUUGGGCUUAAUCUCUAUUUGUUUCCUUAUGGAGUACUGCCAACUGGACCAGAGAGAGGCAUUAUUGAGGUGGUGCCCAAUUCACGAAGCAGAAGCCAGAUGGGUGAGACCACUGAUGGUGGUCUUUAUGAGAUUUUUCAGCAGGACUUUGGGCCUGUUGGUUCCCCAAGCUUCGAAGCUGCUCGUGAAAAUUUCCUCAUUAGCAGUGCUGGAUAUGCAGUUGCUAGCCUCUUGCUUCAACCAAAGGAUAGGCAUAACGGGAAUCUUUUGUUUGACAAUGUAGGCAGGCUUGUCCAUAUUGAUUUUGGUUUUAUUUUGGAAACUUCGCCUGGUAAUAAUAUGCGAUUCGAGAGUGCGCACUUCAAACUGAGUCAUGAAAUGACCCAAUUACUCGAUCCAUCUGGGGUAAUGAAAAGCGACACUUGGUACCAAUUCGUACGCUUGUGCGUGAAGGGCUACCUUGCUGCACGCCGCUAUAUGGAUGGGAUCAUAAACACGGUCUUAAUGAUGAUGGACAGUGGGUUGCCUUGCUUCGGCAGAGGGGACCCAAUUGGGAACCUUCGAAAGAGAUUCCAUCCGGAAAUGAGCGAUCGUGAGGCAGCUAAUUUCAUGAUCCGAAUUUGCAAUGAUGCCUAUAAUAAAUGGACCACCGCAGGUUACGAUCUGAUUCAGUAUUUACAGCAGGGCAUCGAGAAAUGAGGAAAAAUGGAGGUUUUUUUUUCCCUUUUAUUUUUGUCAACAUGUAUAUCUUUGGUGUCUAGUAAUUUUUUGAUGGUGUGUCUUGUAGCUGAGAAAAGAGAAACAAAAAGAAAAAAAAAAAAUAAUGUAUUUGAGUCUUUUGUCCUUUUGAUGCUGUGCAGUUCGAAUAUAUGCAUUUGCUCUUAUUGUUUCCUUUUUCUUUUCUUUGUUUUGGUGAGGUUCCUCGAUUUGUAGAAAAUAUAUUGGGGACAGCUCGGUAUUUAUUAAUGUAUUUGAAGCUUAUUUGAGUAAUAUUAAUAUAUGCAGAAAUCUGUGUGGACAUACGCAGAUUUUUGUUCGGAUGGGUGACCACUUUAUACUAUCAGGUCUCUGCAAG